UUCGAUGUGAUCUGAACGACGUGAUUUUUCAUUCUUUUAUUCUUAACAAAAUAUGGGUUUGGCCUUUAUGAUGUCUGUACGAUUUAUUUGUGGAGAUGUUAUUAGGGUUUAAAUUUGUUCCGCUUUAGAUGAAUUCUGUCUCUCCCCGGCUUUGAAUCGUGAUUGAAUUUUCUUUGUUAUAAUCGCAACUCUUUGGUUAAUUUCGUAUUCCUGGAAGCUGGAUAUUCUCGAAUUGAACCACUUGUACGUAUGCGUUCUGAGAGGGUAAUGUAAGGCAGGAAUGAGCUUGAGCAAUGCUUGUGUGCAGAUAUGUGGUAUUGUGCAUUAUUCUGUAGUUGUUCAAAGUAUUUGCCAAUCAGAUGUAUUUGACUGAGAGAUUAUAUCCAGGCUAUUUUAACCAGUAGUAUUCAAUACAUCAUCAUUAUAUCUGUGUUUGAUCCUUGGUCUUGUGGUUUCUGGGACGAAUUCAACUAAUUGACCUGGAAAAAUAUGACAAUUGCCAGAACUGGAGUAUUUGUGGAUGAUUAUUUGGAGUAUUCCAGCACGUUGCCUGCAGAGCUUCAAAGGCUUCUCAACACUAUUCGAGAAUUGGAUGAGCGUUCCCAAGCAAUGAUAAACCAGACAAGGCAGCAAACCAAGUAUUGUCUGGAUGUGGCAUCUCAAGGUGGCUCCACUUAUGGGAGAAAUGAUGAGGAUGAGGCUUUCGAAAAGCUUCAAAAAGAGAUUGAGGCAAACCAGGACAGUGCUGUUAAACUUUGCACCGAGAAGAUUCUCUUAGCGCAGCAAGCUUAUGACCUUAUUGAUGGUGACAUAAAACAUCUUGAUGGGGACCUGAGCAACUUUGCAGAUGAUCUAAAACAAGAAGGAAAAAUUCCACAUGAUGAGCCAAUUGUUCUUCCUCCAUUGCCAUUUGUUCAGAAAGCAGAAAAGCGUAGAGUUGUUUAUGUAACACCUCAAUCGAAGAGGCUUGAUAACAGGGAUAGUUGGGAUAGGGAGCGUGACAGAGACUCCGAUCUUUUGCCUCCUCCUCCUCCUGGCGUUGCCUUUAGGAAAGACUUUGCUUCAUCUACUGAACUGGAUCAGCCCAUAGAUCCAAACGAACCCAUCUACUGUGUCUGCAACCAGGUAUCUUUUGGUGAUAUGAUUGCUUGUGACAAUGAUAAUUGCCAAGGAGGUGAAUGGUUUCACUAUUCUUGCGUUGGUCUGACCCCGGAGACUCGGUUUAAAGGAAAGUGGUUCUGCCCCACCUGCAGGCAACUACUGCACUGAUUCGAUUCAUUCGUUAUUGCCUGCCUGCCUGCCUAACUUUUAGGGAGGUUAUUCUGUGAGUUCUUACAUUACAAUCCCUGAAUGAAUAAUUUCUGCUGUGAUAUGAUAUGAUAUAUAUGAGUGAGCACAGAUGAAGAAUCCAAUCCAUUUCUGCAUUGAU